AUGGUGACGUUGAGACGUAAAGAUAGGAUGGCUCUUGUCGCCAUCUGCCAAGCAGUCUCAGAGGACAUCCUUCUCAUGUUGGCAGCAUGGGAGACGCUGCAAACAAUGCAUGUGGGCGUGGAACGUGUCAAGGAAGCAAAGGUGCAGACCUUGAAGAGCGAGUUUGAGGCUAUCCAACAUCCAUCCAUUAGGCGACGUGGUGGAGGAGAUCUCUGUCGUCAAGAAGUUCCUUCGAGCAUUCCCUCAAUGUUCAUCCAAAUUGUUACCUCUAUCGAGCAGUUCGACGACCUCAAGAAUAUGUCGGUUGAGGAGGUCGUUGGUCAUCUUAAGGUCCAUGACUUUGUGGCUACGAAGACCAAGAGGAGGAUAAAUACCUCCUACUCAUACAUGAGGAGUGGCUCACGAACGAAAAAGAAAGAUGCAGAUGACUCUUCUUUUUCAGGUACGAGUGGACGUGGCAGCCAUAACAAAGAAAAAAAAGGUCGUGGAUGUGAUCAGGGACGUGGUGGCGGAGGAGGCCAUGACAAUACCUCACAAACCCAUGACAAAGUCAACUCCCGGAGAGACAAGAGUAUGAUCAAGUGUUACGGUUGUGGAAAAUAUGGGCAUUAUGCGGCAGAGUACUACAACAAGAAGCGAGAUGAGAGACAAACUUCACACUCAUGCAAGAUCAAGUGUAACGCCCAAAAAUGA